GCGGGUUCGUAGGCUAUGGCGCGUACAAAGCAGACGGCGCGUAAGUCGACGGGCGGGAAGGCGCCCCGCAAACAGCUGGCUACCAAGGCGGCCCGCAAGAGCGCGCCGGCUACGGGCGGCGUGAAGAAGCCGCACCGGUACCGUCCCGGCACGGUGGCGCUGCGCGAGAUCCGGCGCUACCAGAAGUCGACGGAGCUGCUGAUCCGCAAGCUGCCUUUCCAGCGCCUGGUGCGCGAGAUCGCGCAGGACUUCAAGACUGACCUGCGCUUCCAGAGCUCGGCCGUGAUGGCGCUGCAGGAGGCGAGCGAGGCCUACCUGGUGGGGCUCUUCGAGGACACCAACCUGUGCGCCAUCCACGCCAAGCGCGUCACCAUCAUGCCCAAGGACAUCCAGCUGGCCCGGCGCAUCCGCGGCGAGCGCGCCUGAGGCUCCUGCCGCAGCCUUUCCCGCUCUCCAGCCGACACCGAGGCAGCCGAUACCGGCCCAAAGGCUCUUUUAAGAGCCACUUCAUGCACACUCGAAGGAGCUGUAGCACUGCUCGUGUGUGGGCAUGCUUUAGAGUAAGCAAUGUUUCUGUAGUCUAGAGCAUUUCUUUUUUAUUGUUUGAAUUUUGUGGUGGUGUGUUUUUUCGUUGGGUUUUUUUUUUGGUUUGGGUUUUUCUGUUUGGCUUGGGUUUUUGUUCUUUGUGUGUGGUUGGGUUUGUUUCCUUCCCUCCAUUUAUUACUUUGGUAUUUGUGUUCUUUUAUAAAGCCCACAAGGUUGCAAUGCCCCAGGGUGUUUUGCAAUUAGUGAAGGGGAGUGACAGGCACUUUAUGAACACCGGUGGGCAUGGAGACAAGUUGGAGGGAGCAGGCUGAGGCCUAUAUUAGUUUAAGGAUAGUGAGCCAAGAAUAUCUGGUUUCUGGCUGGGGUGUUUAUGUCACUGACUGUGGACUCAUAACAGGUCUGAGGGAGGUGAGCUAAUGAGGGAACAUGGCUGGGGAAAAGAAAGGUUAUGUAUUUCCUGGAGGAAGGGGGAGGUAGUGGUUGGGAGGAGGGGGUUUUUUUUUUUGUUUGUUUGUUUGGUUUUUUUGUUUGGUGGUUUUUUUUUUUUUUUUGGGUUUUGUUGGGUUUUUUUUUUGUUUGGUUUUUUUGGGUUUUUUGGGGGGUUUUUGUUGGUGGUUUUUUUUUUGGGGGGGGGGUUUCUUUUGGUAAGAGAUUUGUAAAAAUCUUGGAGUGGAAAAUCAUUUCUUCCAAUAAUGAGUGUACCUGUUGUUUGUCAUUAAACUUCCUCAGGCAGCAAUCUCUAGAUUUUAUGUAGUCAGAAUACAUGCAGAGUUGUUAGUUUCACCUGGUCUAGUGGAAGGUGUCCCUGCCCAUGACGGGGGUAGGAACUAGGUGAGCUUUAAGGUCCCUUCCAACCCAAACCAUUCUAAUAUUCUAUAUUUUCUUUUGUUGGAAACCAAAACCAUUCUAUGAUUUCUGCAGUCAGAUUUCUAGGGUACUGGCAGGAUAUAUGUAGGCAGCUUUCAUUCUCCCUUAUAAGGACCUACUUUUGCUCAAAUCAUUACCAUGACACACACAGGAGUGACCAGUCUAACAAGAGCCAGAGCCUUAAAAUAGGAAAUUAAAAACCUGGGCCUCAGAUUCAUUAUGGAGAAUAGUUGUUGUUUCUCCCAUUAUUUUGGGAAACACCUUACCAGCUUCUCCCCACCUGUGUUACCAAGGAAGGAGUGGAAUGGCUGUGCAGUCUUUAGUGAACAGAGGAGCUGGUCUGUUUUUGAUUGUGUCUUUUAAAUAGAAUGUAUAUUGCUACGUUUGGGCCAGGGUUUCUUUAAGAUUUUACAUCAGUUUAUUUGUAUGUAAAUUAAAAACUUUUCUGAGUUUGAAAUGAACCAGAAUGAAAGGUAAAUGAUACAGAACGAAAAUAUUGGCUGUUUUUUGUUUUUUGUUGUGUGCGUCGUGUGUUUCGUGUGUUUCGUGUGUUUUGUUUUUUUAAUUGAAGUUUUAUCCCACAGCAUGACUAAGAUUUCUCCUUGUCCUGAAAGGCAGCAUGGUGUGAGAAGAGGCUUUUCACUUACGGCCUCGGGACCGAAGCAUAUCUUCCGACAGGCCACACAAGUUCUGUGUCUAUUAAAAGCCAGAUGAGAAAUGCAUAAUCUCAAUCCUUGCUUUUACUGGUUUAAUUGUCCAAGAACAUAUUUAAUGUUAACCAGAAAAUAAUUUAAAAAAGGGAAUUUCAUCUUAUUUCUAACAGGUACCACCUUGUUAACACUCAGAUCGUACCCCAGUCCUUCUCAGCAAUUCUUCUAGGCAGCACUGAUAGAAGA